AGAGUUUAAAGCUGUGAGGGCAGACUGAAUAGAGGGGAGACUGAGGCUGGGGUGGGGGCUCCGGGGUGAUGAGCAGGAGCAGCAGGAGAGAAGAAUUCUGGGCCAGAACCUUGGGACCCCCCCCCCCCCCAGUUAGGGGCAGUGAUCUGGAGCAUGAGCCUGCAGGGAUGGGUGAGAAGAGGGGGUGAGGGGAAGGACCCCCGGGGUCAUGCAGACCCAGAGGAAGGAGAUCCCUGUGGGAGGGGCCAGCAGGGGUCGAGGAGGAUGGGGAUGGAGAAAAGUCCAUCUCAUCUGGAGACUCAGAGACCGCAGGUCCUUUGGAGGGAGCAGUUUCAGUGGAAGGGUGAGGAGGGAGGAGCCCACUUGGCUUUUCCAAGACUUUGGUCAUCACCCUGGGCGGAAACUGGAGGCAUUCCCGGCUUAGUGUUUUAAGGUCGGGUGAGACCAGCGUGUCUGAAGGCAGUAGGGAAGGAACUAGAAAACUGUAAAAGGGAUGCUGGGGGAGGCGGGCUGCCGAAGGGCAUGGGGAGGGAGGUGCCAUCUGCCGGAGGGCCCGGUGGGAGGACUUGUCCCUUGUCAGAGACGGGAACCGAGGCAAGACUAGGAGAAGGUAGCAAGGGGUCAGAGACAAGGGCCAGGGAGCGCCCACCGCAAAGCCGCCAUUUUCUAAAUGGAGCCAGGAGGGAGCGUCCAUUUCCCAGAGGACGACACGGGGCAGACUGACUCCAAACCCAAGGUGCCCAGAGGAGUCGCCUCCAAGCUCUGAAGGCAAGACUCAAGUCCACGUGACCGCCAUUGACUCUGGUGGGGCCGGGGGAGGCGGUCAGCUUGGGCUCCAUCCUCCAGACACCCCCCAGAGUGGGGACCUGCGCGUGGCCUAGUCCAACCCCUCCUUUUAUAGAUGGCAGUCACUUCCCCCCACUCCUCCCCAAGGAAAACCCCGCCAAACCGGCCCACCCCGGGCGCCGCCUGGCUACAGCUUUCCCAUUCGUGGCCCUCCAUUGAGAAAGACACCCAUGGGUUACCGAGAAGGACACGGAACCAGAGGCGUCCGGCCGUGCCGGAUCCGAGGGCUGCCGAGCCUUUGCUCUGCCUUCCCCUGUGUCCCCCCCUGUAAAACGAGGGCGGUUGGCCCAGCGCAGGCCUAAAGCCCAUUCCAGCGCGAAGCCAAACUCUAUCAGCUGCUCCACGAAUGGGGGCGGGGCCUGCAGCCGAGGUUCCUUGGGCCGGAGAAAGGGGACCCGGGGCUGCGCGGGCUGCGCGGGCUGCGCGCUCGGAAGAUGCUUGGGAACGCACUGCGCAGACCCUCCUCACUCCCCUUCCCUCCCGCUAAUAACAACACGCAUGUGUGCGCUCGGGGCUGGGGCAGGCCGCCGUUUCUAUGGUUACGGAGCUCCCCCCCCCACCCACGCUGCCUCUCCGUGGUCCCGGAGGAUAGAUACGUUUUCUUAACGGUCUCCUCCGCUCCCGCCCAUUAGGCCGCGUCCACUUUAUGGGGGGGAGAGGUCUCCCCGAAAGAGGAAGGGGAAGGAGGCAGAUCCUCCCCAACUGGAGCCUGCAAGAUUAUAUUUGCAUGGAGGGGGCGGGGCGGCUCCAGAGGAAGGCUGUGAUUGGGUUAUGGUAAGCGAUGACUUCUCCCCGCCGGGGUCCGCCCCUCUGCUCCUGCCUGGUGGGAGGGGCGAGGAGUUGGACUGGAAGCUUGCUGAGGGCUUCCCACUGCAAAAAAGAAGCUCUUGUCGCGUAAAGUAAUCUCUGCCACCAUCCCUUCCUUUGGCAAAUGGGGAAACUGAGGCCCAUAGAGAGCAAAGACCAAAGCAGGCUCCUGUGCUGUUUUUUCCUGUCGGAAGUGAGCUGCAGGUUCAUUAGGAGCAUCUCAAACUCUUCUCCCAAGGCCUUGACCUGCUAAGGAAAAGUCUCUAGUCUUGGAGGGGACUUUGAUAAACAUUUGCUGAUUGAGCACUACAGGGAAGAACUUAAGGGAUGUGGGAGCUGAUGGCUCCCACGGUGGGUUCAGCCACAGAUCUGGAGCUAGAAAGGAGCUCGGAGGCCAACUCCCCCAUGGCACAGAUGCGCAAACUGAGCCAAAUUGGUCUGCUUGGAAGUCACAGAUGGGGCUCUUCCUGUCCAGCCCGGAGUAGGUACCCGAGGGACUCCAAGUGUGGAACAGAGCGCGGCUGUUUGCCAGCGUCUGCUCUCAGGAAACCGCUGCUGGAAUGCUAAAGGGUGACAGUUAGGGCUCUGCUUGGGCCCAUUAAAAAGGUCCCAUAAAGGUUCUCUGUGCCGGGCCGGCUCCCUGGGAGAGGAGGGGAAGGAUGUUGCAGAGCCCCAGACGGGAGGCCGAAGGGUUAAAGAGGAGGCACACAGUGGUCAGAAGCCGUCCUGCAGGGGCCGGGCGCCUCUGGGCAGUGUCCCAUGGCAGAGAGCCCCGUGCAGCCUCCCGGUGCAGGACGGAACCCGUGAACUCCGGAGCCCUCAGUCUCUGCUCCAGCUCCAUCCAUUCCCAGGGUCCCGAGGGUCCCCAGAGCAGUGCGAUGACCUUUCCCAAGGUCACAGGGAGCUGGAGAAGCAGGGAGGGAGGCAAGGGCCCUCUCCCUCUGUCUCCUUGGGCCGGAGCCCUAUCUGAGGAGGAAGUGCUCUUGCCUCACCAUUGUGGCUCUGCCCAAGUCCCACCCUGGCGGCUAAGAGCGCUGAAGAAUAGCUUGGCGAGCUAAGGAGCCCGGGGGCACUUUGGCUGGCACGGGCCCGCCCUAGCCAGACCCUUCCUGCCCCCAGACACAUGUGAGUCCCACAGGAAGAGGAUGGGGCGGGAGAGGUCCCCAGAAACCACGGCCACACCUCUGCUUUCUCUUGGCGGCUCAUUUUUGAUGCUACUGAUAGAGACUAAAUUCUGUUUUUCACGUUUGACUUGUCCCACUUCAGACUGCGUAGAGGGAGAGCUGCCGGGGCCGGAGAUGGGGGCCGCCCGGGUGCUCUGGGGGGGCCUGAGCUUGCUGCGGAUCGCCUGGUGUCUUCUCCCCCAGACCGGCUACCUGCAUCCCGAUGAGUUCUUCCAGUCGCCCGAAGUCAUGGCAGAGGACGUGCUGGGCCUGGAGGUGUACCGGCCCUGGGAGUUCCUCCCGGGCUCCCCUUGCCGGAGUGUGCUCUUCCCGCUGCUGACCGCCGGCUCGGUCUUCUGGCUGCUGGAGCUGGCGGAGCAGCUGGGCCUGUGGCCGGGCGCCGUCAGCGGCUACAGCCUCCUGGUGGGGCCCCGCCUGGUCUUCACGGCGCUCUCCUUCGGCCUGGACUGGGGCGUGUACCGGGCGGCCGCGCGCUGGGGGGCCGAGCCCUGGCGCGCGCUGCUGCUGCUGGCCGGCUCCCACGUCACCCUGGUCUUCCACACGCGGACCCUGGCCAACGCCGUGGAGGGCGUGCUCUUCAUGUGGCUGCUGGUGCUGGUGGCCCCGGGCGCCGACGGGAAGGCGAGCUCGCGGCGCGGGGGCCCCGGCUGGCUCCUGGGCGCGCUGCUGGCCGCGGGCUUCUUCAACCGGCCCACCUUCCUGGGCUUCGCGCUGCUGCCGCUGCUCUUCUGGGCCGGCGCCGGCGCGCUGCCCCCGAGCGCCAAGGCGCUGGGCCAGAGCGCGCUGGAGCUGCUCCCCGGGGCCACGCUGGUGGCCGGCCUCUUCGUGGCCGCCGACACGUGGUACUAUUCGUGGCGCCUGGGGCUGGGCCCCGGGCCGGUCCUGACGCCCGCCCACUUCCUCGGCUACAACCUGGACCCCCAGAACCUGGCGCGGCACGGCACGCACCUCCGCCUCACGCACCUGGCCGUCAACGGCGUCCUGCUCUUUGGGCUGCUGCACGUCUCGGCCGUGAUGAGCGCGUGGAAGGUGCUGAAGGAGAGCGUGGGCUCGCUGGCUCAGCUCCGGGCUCGCUGGGCGCGGGCCGCCGGCGGCCUCCCGGACAGGAGCACGGUCCUCCUGCUCUUCUACUUCGUCCCGCUGGCCCUGCUCUCCCUCUUCAGCCAUCAGGAGCCUCGGUUCCUGGUGCCCCUCCUGGGGCCCCUCACCCUGCUCAGCAGCCAGAAGGGCCGCCCCCUGGGCCCGUGGAGAGCCGCCGCGGUCAUUCUCUUCAACGGCCUCGGGGCCCUGUUCUUUGGCUGUCUGCAUCAAGGCGGCCUGGUCCCCUGCCUGUCCCACCUGGAGCGGAGCAUCCACUCCCCGGGGCUCAAGGGGCAGCCCUCCCACUACACCCUGCUCUUCACGCACACCUACAUGCCGCCCCGCUACCUCCUCCGCCUGCGCGGGCAGGAGCCGCCCGUGGAGGUCAUCGACCUGGGCGGGGCCGAGAGCGGGACCCUCUGCCAGACCCUGGAGCAGCUCACCAGCCAGCCCAUCUGCGACAGCGCCGGGGGCGAUCGGCUCUGCCGGAUCUUCGUGGUGACCCCCGGGACGGCCAGGGAGGCUGCGGCCGGCUGCCCCUUCUCCCUGAAGAACGAGACUCGGGUGUUUCCCCACGUGACUCUGGAGGACCCUCCCGGGCUCUCGGCUCUGCUGAGCAGCCGUUGGAAGGACUCCCUGGGCCUCUACAUCCUGGAAGUGGGCGAGCAGAAGGGGCAGUGACCCUUCCAGAAAGGGGGUGGGCCUGCCCACAUCUUGCCCUCCUCCCCUGCCCCACCCAAGUUCCUUCGUCUAAUAAAUGACGGGCGGAGUCCCCCGAGGGCGCACCGACAGACUGGACAACACCCUGGACAGCACCCGGGACCUGUAUGACCAAAGCGAGCGUCCCUCCCCGUCCCAGGCCAAACUAAGCCAAAGUCGAACUGAGUCGAACUGUGUCAGCCCGGCUCGUCCCCGGUUAUGGGCUGCAUCCCAGGCCCUCCCGUACCGUGGGAAUUUCCUGUCUGAGGAGACCCGGGCCACUUGAAGUCCCCUGAGGGGGCUUGAAGCUAUGUCACAGGAGGAAAAAUUGGAAGAAACUUAGAAUGUUGGGUCCGGACAAAGAUGGUGGGCAGGGGACAGUGGGAGGCUAAGGGAGAGGGUCUAAUGGGACCCGAUACUGUCUGGAUACAUUUGAAGGGCUUUCUUCAGUUGGGGAAGGGAGUGGGCCGGUAAGAUUUCAGCCCAGAAGCAUCCCUGGAUGGAAGAGGGGAAGGAGGGGCCUCAGUCCAGUUAGUUCUUAUUUUGCAAAUGAGGAAGCAAAUACCCAAAGGAGUCAAGUGAGUUGCCCAGUAAAACCUUUUUCUUAAUUAAUGGGUAGUGCCUGGUACAUAGUAAGUGCUUAAUAAAGGGGAUGUCCAUCCAUCUACCUGUCAUUCCUCUCUCCAUCCCAUCUUCCUGCCUGUUUCUACGUGCUAAGAUGGGGUGGACCACCCUGUGAAGCGUCACUGCCGAUGAAUUAUAACCAAUAGACUUGAGUUACAGACCCCAGGGGUCAUCUAAGUACUACAGCAUUCACCAUCCCCUUUACAAUAUCUUCAAUAAAGGGUUAUCCAACCUUGACCACCUCCAUGAUGGGGAUCUUACUACUUCAUCUGGAAGCCCAUUUUCCUGUUGGACUGUCAGAGCAGGGAAGCGGUUCCUUAGGGAGACCUUAACUCUCACCCUGGCUUAAUCUCCUGGGGCUAAGCAGCACAAGUGCACUCCCUUCUCCACAGGAAGCCCCUCCAAAUAUCUUAAUGAUGCUGAGAAGCCUUCCAUUCUUCAGGCCAGAAACAUCCAGUUCUUUCAAACCUUGCUUGACAUGAGUUGUAGACUGCUCCCCCUCCUCAGGAUGUCUAAGUGGGGUGCAGAUCCAACCAGAGGAUGGGUAGUGUAGAGGGAGUCGGGCUAAAUGAUCCCACAAUGAUCCCGUUUCCUUCCCUUAUGGAGACUGAGUGGAACUUUGCACCUGCCAGGCCGGUCCUUGUUUAUUCCUAGAUAGGAUCUGGACUUAUCUCUCAGCCAAAGUCCAUGGUCUCUCAGUCAAGGUCACCUGAGCUGAGCUGGCCUGAGCUAGGGGCCAGACAGUGGGGGGAAGCCCUAGUGCUGUGCUUGUUUGUGAGAAUUCUUCCUUCCUGAACAUGGACCAUACAUGGGUGUUUAUGUCAUGCAUGUUAUAUGCAUUAUUCAAAGCACUUUGGAUUUGUUCUCUUUAUUAUAUUCCUUAAUGCUUCUCUCCCCCAGUAAGACUGAAAGGAAGCUCGUGUUCUAUGUUCAUUAAAUGUGAAUUUACUUUUUUUGGAUUAUAA